UUUCUCUCGCAGCAUCUUCCUGGGAGCCUGUAGGUGAAGCAGCGCCAGCAGCAUCCAUGGCCUAUCUUUGGGGUUAACACUGGUCUCCUUUGGCUUUAGCAGUGGACAGAGCAGAUCUCUCGGCAGCAGCGUUGUGAGGACUUAGCUGGGACCUGGAAUUGUAUCCUCCUGUAUUUUUUCAGACUCCUUGGAAAUUAAGGAAUGCAAUUCUGCCACCAUGAUGGAAGGAUUGAAAAAACGUACAAGGAAGGCCUUUGGAAUACGGAAGAAAGAAAAGGACACUGAUUCUACAGGUUCACCAGAUAGAGAUGGAAUUAAGAAAAGCAAUGGGGCACCAAAUGGAUUUUAUGCAGAAAUUGAUUGGGAAAGAUACAACUCACCUGAGCUGGAUGAAGAAGGCUACAGCAUCAGACCCGAGGAACCCGGCUCUACCAAAGGAAAGCACUUUUAUUCUUCGAGCGAAUCAGAAGAGGAAGAAGAAUCACACAAGAAAUUUAAUAUCAAGAUUAAGCCAUUGCAGUCUAAAGACAUUCUUAAGAAUGCUGCCACUGUAGAUGAGCUGAAGGCGUCGAUAGGCAACAUUGCGCUUUCCCCGUCACCAGUGAGGAAAAGUCCGAGGCGCAGUCCGGGUGCAAUUAAAAGGAACUUAUCCAGUGAAGAAGUGGCAAGACCCAGGCGUUCCACACCAACUCCAGAACUUAUAAGCAAAAAACCUCCCGAUGACACUGUGGCCUUUGCUCCCCUCUUUGGCCCACCACUAGAAUCAGCUUUUGAUGAACAGAAGACGGAAGUUCUUUUAGAUCAGCCUGAGAUAUGGGGUUCAGGCCAACCAAUUAAUCCAAGCAUCGAGUCGCCAAAGUUAACAAGGCCCUUUCCCACUGGAACACCUCCACCACUGCCUCCAAAAAAUGUACCAGCCACCCCACCCCGAACAGGCUCCCCCUUAACAGUUGGACCAGGAAAUGACCAGUCAGCCACAGAGGUCAAAAUUGAAAAGCUACCAUCAAUCAAUGACUUGGACAGCAUUUUUGGUCCAGUGUUGUCCCCCAAGUCUGUUUCUGUCAAUGCUGAAGAAAAGUGGGUGCAUUUUUCUGAUACGUCCCCGGAACAUGUUACUCCAGAGUUGACUCCAAGGGAAAAGGUGGUGUCCCCACCAGCUGCAUCAGACAACCCAGCUGACUCCCCAGCUCCGGGCCCUCCAGGUCCUUCAGGCCCCCCAGGACCUCCUGGUCCUCCUCGCAAUGUACCAUCGCCGCUCAAUUUAGAAGAAGUCCAGAAGAAAGUCGCUGAGCAGACCUUCAUUAAAGAUGAUUACUUAGAAACAAUCUCGUCUCCUAAAGAUUUUGGGUUGGGACAGAGAGCAACUCCGCCUCCCCCGCCACCACCCACCUACAGGACUGUGGUUUCGUCCCCCGGACCUGGCUCGGGCAGUGGUACGGGGACCACCAGCGGUGCAUCGUCCCCUGCUCGGCCAGGCACUCCCUUGGUUCCUUGCAGCAGCACUACCCCACCGCCACCUCCUCCCCGGCCUCCAUCUCGGCCAAAGCUGCCUCCGGGAAAGCCUGGGGUCGGAGAUGUGCCCAGACCUUUUAGCCCUCCCACACAUUCUUCCAGCCCUCCUCCGAUAGCACCUCUAGCCCGAGCUGAAAGCACAUCUUCGAUAUCGUCCACCAAUUCCUUGAGUGCAGCCACCACUCCCACAGUUGCAUCAGAAGAUGAUGUUUUUUAUGACAAACUGCCCUCGUUUGAAAGGCGCUGUGAAACGCCUGCAGAGAAUGAACAGCCUUCCCUCGUUUGGUUUGACAGAGGAAAGUUUUAUUUGACUUUUGAAGGUUCUUCCAGAGGACCCAGCCCCCUUACCAUGGGAGCCCAGGACACCCUCCCUGUUGCAGCAGCAUUUACAGAAACGGUCAACGCCUACUUCAAAGGAGCAGACCCAAGCAAAUGUAUUGUGAAGAUCACUGGAGAAAUGGUGUUGUCCUUUCCUGCCGGCAUCACCAGACACUUUGCCAACAACCCAUCGCCAGCAGCUCUGACUUUCCGGGUGAUAAAUUUCAGCAGGUUAGAACACGUCCUGCCAAAUCCCCAGCUGCUCUGCUGCGAUAAUACCCAAAAUGAUGCCAAUACCAAGGAAUUCUGGGUAAAUAUGCCAAAUUUGAUGACUCACCUAAAGAAGGUGUCGGAACAAAAACCGCAGGCUACAUAUUAUAACGUGGACAUGCUCAAAUACCAGGUGUCUGCCCAGGGGAUUCAGUCCACACCUCUGAACCUGGCCGUGAACUGGCGAUGUGAGCCGUCCAGCACAGACCUGCGCAUAGAUUACAAAUACAACACGGAUGCGAUGACAACCGCGGUGGCCCUCAACAACGUGCAGUUCCUGGUCCCCAUCGAUGGAGGAGUAACCAAGCUCCAGGCCGUGCUCCCACCAGCAGUCUGGAAUGCUGAACAACAAAGAAUAUUGUGGAAGAUUCCCGAUAUUUCUCAGAAGUCAGAAAAUGGAGGGGUGGGUUCUUUAUUGGCAAGAUUUCAGUUAUAUGAAGGCCCAAGCAAACCUUCCCCAUUGGUUGUGCAGUUCACAAGUGAAGGAAGCACCCUUUCUGGCUGUGACAUUGAACUUGUUGGAGCAGGUUAUCGAUUUUCACUCAUCAAGAAAAGGUUUGCUGCAGGAAAAUAUUUGGCAGAUAACUAAUAAAACCUUUUGCAAGGAUUUGGAGGAUUUGUAUGAUGGAGAACUGUUGUAUGAGAAACAGGUUUUAAUUUUGGUUUGAUGAAAACAAACCAAAAUCUGCACUUGGGAUAUAUCUGCUGGAAACUUCAGUGACUUUCAGCAACGACUUCCCUCACAUGAUCCAGUGAUGACCAGUCCUACAGUAUUUACUUCUAGGUGUAAUAUUGUUAAUGGUUUUAAAAUGUAAUUAUUGUAUUUGUAAAUUGUACUCACUUCAGUAAGGCAGUUACACACUCGAGUUUUAGCAUUUUACCAUUCCUGAAAUGGAUGUAAUUUAAACUGUGGUAUGUAAAUUUAAUAGUAGUACUGUUGAAUGGCACAGUGCUUACAGAGGUAGAUUGCAUUUUGUCAAUAUACAAAAUUUAAAUAUAAUAUGGAUAGAUGUCAUAAAGGGGGUGCCACAUAUGAAGAAAAUUAAGUGGAACCAGAAAAAACUUCCUUUACUUUAGUCCUUAGUAUGUUUUACUCUAGUGCUAAAUAAAAAUUCUAUCUUCAAAUGUUUAGUGGGUUAAAUUCAGAAACUAUUUCAGAAAAAAAAAUUCUAAGGUUACAGCAUAUUCAAAGAAAAGCAUUAUCACUUUUUAAAAAGCUUUUUUUUCAAACUGCAAAUUUCAUAAAAUGCAAACUGUGUAAACAAGGCCUCUUAUUUUUAUAACUUGUGUAAAAAGGGAAAGCAAUUCAUAUUUAAAGUUUAAGUAUAUGAAAUUAUAAUCAAGAGUAAAGAAGAUAUUGAAGUUUUAA